AUAGGACUCUGAUUCCAUUGGAGAAAGACAACUUUAUAUUCAUCAGGGGAAAAAAUACAGCUUUAUGCUUUGCAGUUGCAGCCGUCCACAUUAACUAUGUGCUUAUGCAUAUCAUAUAAUUGGAAGGGAAGGGGGAAAGAGAUUCAGCCAACCGACCAUCAAGAAAGCCGACAUGUUCUCAACUCGCCGGAAAAUGAGUUUUCAAUCCAUCCGCUGGUUCCAGCGGCGGGUACGAAAAAUGCCCGGAUAUGGAAAGUCCUCUGAAAAUAGGAAAUAAUUUGAGUCAUUUUGAUAAAAAAUUAGGGCGACGAAUAGCAAUGCCUUGUGUUUUCCCCCCACAAGCCAUAUUAUUUUAUUUUGCUUUCCCUCCAUAAAAUUAGAAUCAUCAACGACGACAAGAAAUCAUUUUUUAUCGUUAACCUUCACUUCACUAUCUGCUUCCAACGAUGGCUUUCUUCGCCUCGUCGUUAAUUUUUUGUCGUUAAUUGUAGUGUGGUGCAAUGACUCUGUCCAUGCACUACAUAGUAAGUGAAUUUAAUCUGUGGUGGAGUUGGAAAUCAUACUAUGAUGACGUGGGGAUGAAGAUUGUAAGUUUCCAUUAAGUGAAAAUUGAACAAAAAUGUCCUAAGUGUAUAGAUUAACUCGCGAUUACACACUAAUUAAGCUAUAGUUUCAUUCAUCUUACUUAUAUUUAAAGGUAAUAAUUUGCCGGAUGGAACUAAUUAUCUCGUUGGAGCUAAAAAUGUGGUUUGUAAACAAGACAUUUGCAAUGUUGAUCAUCUUUCGUGAAAGUAAGGGUUUGUCAAAUUAAAUAGAGUGAAUGACUUGUCCUAUCAUCAAAGAAAAAUGAAUUUGACAAUGUUUAUGGAUUGCGAAACUCAAAUCUCUAAAUCAAAUUCAUAAUCUAAAUAUACUUACUUGAAAUCAAGCAAUGUCACACAAACCAUAAGUAUUGAGAAAAAACAUGUUAGUACUCUCCGAUGACUAACAUUUAAGUGUCAAAGACUAAUAAAAGCUAAGUUGAAAAGCCUCUAUCUUAAUCAAUCGGCUAAGUUUGAUAAACCGAUUCAUCUUAUUUUUAAGAAAUAAUUGAUUGAGAUAAAUUUAUACAAAGAGGAUGAAAAACUAGCCAAAUUUAGUUCAUGCAUGAUUCAAUCUAGAUAUCAAUUUAGAAACGAUUCAAUCAAUUUCUUUCUCCUUUCAUUUCCUCUCCUUCUAAAUUUCUAGAACAGAAUUUUACAAGGGUUUUUGUUCCCACCCUUAAAUUUUCCCAUUUAUUCCUUUAAUUGUAAAAAAAAAAAAUUAAGAAUACCAUCUUUAAUUUGUCUCCCUAAAGGAUUAAUUAUCAUGGUCUGGCUAACGAACUGCAUCUUCUCAAUCCUCAACGUCAUGAUCAUGUUGUUGGGCAUCGCCACCAUGGCGACGGCGGGGAUAAUGCAGCUGGGCGGAAGCAAUUCCGACUGCCAGAAAUGGUUGCAGAGCCCGUUGCUGAUAAUGGGCUGCUUCCUGUUCUUCAUCUCGUUGAUGGGCCUGAUCGGCACCUGCUGCAGGAUGAGAGCGGUGCUGUGGAUCUACUCCUUCUUGACGUUUCUCAUGAUACUGGCCGCCUUGGCUUUCGUCGUGUUUGCCCUCGUCGUCACCAAUUCCGCCGCCGGGAAGGCACUCACCGGCGUCGGGUACGAGGAGUACCGGCUGCGGGACUACUCCGAUUGGCUCCGGGAUCAUUUCGUCAGCGGGAAGCGGUGGAGCAAGGUCAAGAGUUGCAUGGCCGACGCCGAUGUUUGUCUUGAUCCUCAUGAAUCCAAGUCUUGGACCAUUUUGCAGGCUAGCUGCUGCAAGCCACCAGACGAGUGCGGGUUCGUCAAAUCGGGCAACAAGAAGGCGAUGUGGGUGAUGCCGCCGCGGCCGCGGUCAUCGACCAAGGACGCGGACUGCGCCGCAUGGAGCAACGAUCCCAGCAAAAAGUGCUUCGACUGCAGCUCCUGCAAAGCCGGCGUGCUGGAAGACGUCAGGAAAGAAUGGAGGACGCUGGCUAUCAUCAACCUGUGUGUUCUUCUUCUCUUUGUCCUCAUUUACUCUGUUAGUUGCUGCGCCAGGAGAGGGAUUAACCCUUACUGUACUAAGAACUACAAAGGGUAUUACUACCCUUGAUUCAGUUCUGCCCUGAUAUGAUUAUUGUGGAUAGGUAAGCUAGUUCCGUAGUUUGUUUCUAGGAUUCAAAGUAAAGUGAUUCAAAUCCUUUCAUUUCUUCUCCACUUGUUUUGGUGGUGCCUCAUCCUCGUGUAGUGUAUGGAUUUAUGCUAUUUUAGGUUAAAACAAAUUAGAUUUUGGAUGUAGAGGCUCUUGCCUUUCUUCUUCUUUUUUUAAUUUAGUGGAAAUAAUCAAUCACGAACCCGAUAGCAAAAGUCUACAACAAAGAUACAUUCUCAUUCUCACGAGUGAGAGGCUUCAUUUAGGAUUAAAAAAAAAUGUACAAUCCUAUAACUAACUAAUGUUCUCUUUAUUUCUUAUUAUCCGAAAUAGCGACACGUGUGUAUAACAUACCACGAAUAUUAACUCAAAUCCUACGCAAAUACUGAAAAACUACAAUAAUGAACCGACAAAAAAUUCAUUGGUUUGACUAUGAAAUCGACUAGUUUCUCCAACAACAUCGCACAAAUUGAACCACACAUUCAAACAUCAAAACUGCUUUGCUGAUGAGAAGUUUACUCUCCCAACAUUCUCCCCCAAGCUAGAGAUUAGGCAGUAGCAAAAACCAGACUUAGCAUGAUAUCUUUACCGAACAAAUUACUGCAAAAAUGAAAUGCCGAACAGCAAGCCAAAGGUAACACUUUCCAAACCAAAAUGCAUCUACUUCAUACUGUCCAACUGAAACUAAGUUCCAUGUCACCUAAGAGACUUAUGGAUGUUCUACUCAUCAUCAUGCAUAUUCAAGUGCAGACAGAGGAAGGAGUAGUGGCCGCCCCUCAAUUGUGUUGUAAUACCCCGAUAAUUUAGAUUUAGGUUCGACCUUAAUGCGUGAUCGGUUGGAUUGACGAUUAAGUAUUAAGAGUUACAACCGCGGAUUAGGAAUAACAAUAAUAACUAUUA